GACCUCUUCCUCUACAACGAGAGGCUCGUCAACUUGCCGACGAGCGUCUGUAGUUGCAGGCACAUCACCUCGAUCAACCUGGCGUUCAACCAGCUCAAGGCCCUCCCCGAGAGCAUGACGAGCCUUGCGAGUCUCCUUGCCGUCAACCUGGCAAGGAACAGCUUCUCGAGCUUCCCAGAUGUUCUCUGCCACAUGACACGGCUGGAGAGGCUGCAGAUGCAAGAGAAUGAGCUGCAGCUGAUCCCGACCUCCAUCGGUUACCUAGUCAACCUGAGGGUCCUCGCUCUCCACCACAACAAGCUCUCCUACCUGCCGCCGAGCAUCAGCAACCUCCUCCGACUCCAGACCCUCGAGCUGCACGCCAACCAGUUUCGCAGCAUCUCCCCCUCACUCGGCGCGCUCUCACCCGUGCCCAAGGUUCGAGUU